UGAACUGAGGCGCUCAGCUGCCAACACUCACACACCGCCUGCCGCCACAGCCGUGCUGCUCCCGGACUCCGGGCAAGAGGGAGAGAGGGAAGGCGAGGAAAAGCCAGACGCGGGAGAGGAGGCAGAAGAUCGCUGGCAGGGGGAAGGAAGUCAGGGAGGAGGGAAGCGCUGAGAGAGGGAGAAGGAGCCCUCCUCCCCGCGGAGAGACGACUUCCCAUGUAGCUGGGGACAGAGGGAGAAGCUGGCGCUCAGAAACUGUGAGAGAAGCUUUCCAAGCAAGUUACUUAAUCCCUGAAGAGCGGUGGGAGGAGGGGACAGCAGUAAUCACCGAUCAUAACCAUUAUUCCCAACCCCUCAUCAUUUAACCCCCGGGCGGUUCAAUGCACUACUCCAAGCUCUUCCUAGUUUCCUCUUCGGGGUAACUUGGGAGGACGCGCCGCCGGUGCCGCCCGGAGGUGAGGAGAAGAGCCUCGGAAGAAGGAAGGAGAAGUUUUGUGGGGGUUGUGAGCAGAGGAGGAGAAGAUGGGCUGGAAGCGCCACUGCUGCUGGGGAGGCGGAGGCGGCGGGGACCUUCUCUGCCGGCUCACCCUGCUGCUGGGGUUCCUGCUGCCCGCCUGCAGGACGCGCCUGUACACCAACCACUGGGCUGUGCGGAUAACUGGGGGGCUCCCGGAGGCCAACCGGAUAGCUAGCAAAUACGGAUACGUCAAUAUAGGACAGAUUGGAACACUGAAGGAUUACUACCACUUCUACCAUAGUAAAACAAUUAAAAGGUCAGUUCUUUCAAGUAGAGGUACCCACAGCUUCAUUUCAAUGGAACCAAAGGUGGAGUGGAUACAACAGCAGGUGGUUAAAAGAAGGAUAAAGAGGGAUUAUAAACCUGGUGGUACCCAAUCCACUUAUUUCAAUGAUCCCAAGUGGCCAAGCAUGUGGUACAUGCACUGCAGUGAUAACACCCACCAUUGCCAAUCAGAUAUGAAUAUAGUAGGUGCUUGGAAGAGAGGUUACACUGGAAAGAACGUUGUGGUCACCAUCCUGGAUGAUGGCAUCGAAAGAAACCAUCCAGACUUGAUGCAGAAUUAUGAUUCGCAGGCCAGUUUUGAUGUCAAUGGAAAUGAUUUUGACCCUAUGCCUCGAUAUGAUGCCAGCAACGAGAACAAGCAUGGAACCCGUUGUGCUGGAGAAGUGGCAGCCACGGCAAACAACUCACACUGCACAGUAGGAAUCGCCUUUAAUGCCAAGAUUGGAGGUGUACGGAUGCUGGACGGAGACGUGACAGACAUGGUAGAAGCAAAGUCUCUAAGCCUUAAUCCCCAGCACAUCCACAUCUACAGUGCCAGCUGGGGGCCUGAUGACGACGGUAAGACUGUGGACGGACCGGCUUCUCUAGCACGUCAGGCCUUUGAGAACGGCAUCAGAAUGGGACGAAGAGGCUUAGGUUCAGUCUUUGUUUGGGCAUCUGGAAAUGGUGGAAGAAGUCGAGACCACUGCUCCUGUGAUGGCUACACCAACAGCAUCUACACUAUCUCCAUAAGCAGCACAGCUGAAAGUGGGAAGAAGCCAUGGUACCUGGAAGAAUGUGCAUCCACACUAGCUACAACGUACAGCAGCGGGGAAUCGUACGACAGGAAAAUAAUCACCACAGACCUGAGGCAGCGUUGCACAGACAGCCAUACUGGAACCUCAGCCUCUGCACCUAUGGCUGCAGGCAUCAUUGCACUGGCACUGGAAGCAAAUCCAUUUCUGACCUGGAGAGACAUACAGCAUAUUAUUGUCAGGACUUCGCGUGCAGGACAUCUGAAUGCUAAUGACUGGAAAACCAAUGCUGCUGGUUAUAAGGUGAGCCACCUUUAUGGAUUUGGACUGAUGGAUGCUGAAGCAAUGGUGAUAGAAGCAGAAAAGUGGACAACGGUCCCUCCACAGCAUGUGUGUGUGGAGAACACGGAUCGGCAAAUCAAAACAAUACGACCUGACAGCAUCGUCCGUUCAAUUUAUAAAGCCACUGGCUGUUCAGAUAAUCCUAACCACCAUGUGAUCUACUUGGAGCAUGUCGUUGUGCGCAUCACUAUUACUCACCCUCGACGUGGAGACUUGGCAAUUUACCUAACCUCUCCUUCUGGAACUAGGUCACAGCUUUUGGCCAACAGGUUAUUUGAUCAUUCCAUGGAAGGAUUCAAAAACUGGGAGUUUAUGACUACUCACUGCUGGAGUGAAAAAGCAGCAGGUGACUGGAUCUUGGAAAUCUGUGACACUCCAUCUCAGCUGAGAAAUUUCAAGACUCCAGGCAAAUUGAAAGAGUGGUCCUUAGUACUGUAUGGAACAUCCAUCCAGCCUUACUCACCAAGAAAUGAUUUUCCAAAAGUGGAAAGAGUGCGCUCUAGUCCAGCUGAAGACCCUACAGAAGAUUAUGGAACAGAUGACUAUUCAGGUCCCUGCAAUGCAGAAUGCAGUAAAGUAGGGUGUGAUGGUCCAGGACCAGAUCAUUGUACCGACUGUCUGCACUACUACUACAAAUCUAAGAACAACACACGGAUCUGUGUUUCGACCUGCCCACCUGGUCACUACAAUGCAGACAAGAAACGCUGUAAAAAAUGCUCACCCAAUUGUGAAACCUGUGUUGGAGGCCAUAGUGACCAGUGCAUGACCUGUAAAUCUGGCUACUACCUGAAUGAAGUAACCAAUAGCUGUAUUACCAACUGCCCUGAUGGGUUUUACCUGGAUAAGAAUAAGAUUGUUUGCCGAAAAUGUAGUGAAAACUGUAAGACAUGUAUUGAAUUCCAAAUCUGCACAGAAUGCAAACAUGGCCUAAGUUUGCAUGGCACUAAAUGUGCUAUUCGCUGUGAAGAAGGAAAAUACCAUAAUGGUAGAGAAUGUGAACCAUGUCACCGUUCCUGUGCAACAUGUGCAGGUGCUGGAGUAGAUGCCUGUAUAAACUGCACACAAGGUUAUUUUAUGGAAGAUGGAAGAUGUGUGCAGUCCUGUAGUAGUGGUUAUUACCUUGAUCACUUUACUGAAAGUGGAUACAAAAGCUGCAAAAGAUGCGAUGCCAGCUGUUUGGAUUGCAGUGGUCAAGGAGAUAGAAACUGUACGAGCUGUCCAAGUGGCUAUAACCUAGACACUGGUGUCUGUGUAGUGGGAACAGUCUGCAAGGAUGCCACGGAAGAGUCCUGGGCCGAGGGAGGAUUCUGUAUGCUGGUGAAAAAGAACAAUCUCUGCCAGCGGAAAGUGCUUCAGCAAUUGUGUUGCAGAACAUGUACGCACAAGGGGUGAACUGACACCUCCCAGCGUCCUCCUGCUCCUGUAGACUUAUAGAUUAAUCCGUAUUAUUGAAAAAGGAAAAAAGGAAAAAAAAAAGAAAAAAAAAAGAAAGCCACCUCUCUUUCUCCCCCUUCUUUGUCUGGGGAGAUGGUGAACUGUUUGUUGGAACUUAAAUGGAAAAACUACAACACGCCUACCUUUCAUAACUGGAUGUCUAGAGCUGAGCAUCCAGGAUCACAGAGUCAGUAUUGUGUGACCAAAGCAUUUGAUGCCAAAAUUAACAUUUAACUCAUGAUUUGAUUUCCUGUCAACCUUAGGAUUAUUCCUGUUUUUUGAAGGUCCUUUUUCUUCCCUUUUUUUCCUGCUUCUUUCCCCUUCAAGAUGUUUAAAGAGUGUUUCAAGAAUACAACACAAGUUUACAUGGAUUAAAACUAAACAAUACAAAAAUGUUUGCAUUAGUCUUUUUUGUGCUAUGUGUAUUGACAGGGGGAACUUGAGUUCCUGAGGGGAUCAGAAACAUCAUUAAUUGCAGGACUCAGUUCUGCCCCUUUUGUAACAGUAUUUAAAAAAAGAAAAGUGAACAUUUCUGCACACAUUUCUUUCUUCUUCUGCUGUGUGCUGUUUUUUGUAUCACAUGCAGUAUGUAUAUAUGUUUGCCCAAAAUGUGGUUUUGGUCAUAUAGAUUUCAUUUUUAGACAGCUAGCUUAUUAACAGAUAUGCUAGGAUUUUUAUUUUAUUUUUUUAAAUUGUCAAAGCUAUUUCAAAUAAACUUUAAAAAAAAAAAUUGUUCCUGUAGUGAACAAAUUCAAAACAAUACUACUUCUCUUGGUUUGCCUAAGUGAGAGUAAUGUAUACGCUCAGAAGUCAGAAAGCAUUGCUAACAUGUAAGAAGUAUUCAUAAAUUAUUGUUGUCUUGUAACGUUCACAAAAAAAGGGGAUAUUAUCAUACAGAUAUGUGGAGCUAUUUCAUAGUGCCCAUAUGUAAAUGCCAGUGUGACUAUAUGCGACAGGAUGUGUUUACAGGACUGGAUUUAUAAUUGUGCCAAAUGCAUCUCCAGGAAUAAUUAUAUCAAUAAAUCAAUGGUUCUCUUGGUGUAACAAUUGUGUCAUGAUGGGCCUGAAUCUGCUUUUAACUGCUUACAAUGAAAAUUUCAGCAGGAAUAGUUCUGCUGAGGCCAAUGGAGUUACCUCACUGUAAGACCAUCCUGGGUGGUGAGAGAAGCGGCCCCUGCCUUUCUCUCUUCACCCAUGCACAUGGCUGCCAGUACAAAUUUCCGUUUAAUAUAUCUUCAUCAGCUUCACUUAGCAUACUGUUCAAAAGACAGUCAUUUAGCAGUAAAACAGAAAAUUGAACUUCAAAGAUACUGCUUUCAGGGGAUAAUACUUAAAAAGUGCAAAGUGUCUUUCUCAGUUAUUUUCCCAGGACACACAAAUAGAAAAUGCAUUGCAGGUGUUUAAGCAUGUAAAUGUUAGAAAAUAAAGAGGAUCAAGAAAAAUUGAGGAAGUUUUACAAACAAAUGGAUACAAACCUAUAGAGGUAAUGUGCCACCUUUAGCAGAGAGCAGAUAAAUUAUUACACCCUGCUUCGGUAUGACAGGGGGCCAGUCAAGCUCCUUUGGUGCCCAUUGCAAAUUUCCUGAUAAACAUUCAAAUUUAAGAGAGUUCAAUUUGUGCUAGUUUAACUACUAGUCUGUUACUGCCUCAUUUCUCAGUAUAACAUGUUUAACUAGAACAUAAUGCUUUCAAAGUUUAAGUUAAUAUUAUAUAUAUGUUAUAUAUAAAUAUAUAUUCAUAAUUGAGAUUUAAUUAUGUAAUGGAUUGUAAAGAAUUUGUUUGGAUACUUACAAAUGUCUCUAACAUAUUAUAGAGAAGAAAUUAAUAUCUUUGUUUUCUUUUAAAAAAAACCUGACACAUUGUUAUAUCCAAAUUCACUUUUACUGAAAAAAAAAUACUGUACAUGUGUAAAACGUUCAGUUGUUAUUUGUAAAAUAGGGUAGUUCUGUUGUAAUUGAUAUUGGCCAAAAUCAAUGUUAUUCCAUAUUUUAUUUUUUCUAUUAAAUUAACCAAAAUUUCUGUUCUUUUGGUCUGGAAAAACAUGUUGAUAAUCUGUAUGUAAAGUGUCUUUGAUGAAGGCCACAGGUAGCUUUAUGGUAUAGCACUCUUAGAUAUCACACACAGGUCAUUGAAACAAAUUGGGAGGGUAAGCGUGUUUAAUUUUAUUGUAGAUUUUUUUGUUGUUUUAAGUGAUGAAAUUUAUGAUUGCAGAAAUAUGUGGUUUCCAUGGAGGUCACCUUUUGUGUAGUAGCAGUACAGACAUGUCUGAACCCUAGAGGGUAGCAACGUUGGCUUACUCUGACCAAACAAGAGUUUGUGAUGGGUCUAAUAUUUUGCAUGCUUAGGAUUAAAAAGUGAAAUGUCUAACUACCUAUUGGCUCAGACAGUUUAGGAGGAAGGUUUCAUCUUUGCAGUCAUACAUGGCCAUUUGCACAGUGAGAUACUGAUGUCUGUUCAGUUGCUGAUACUCACAUCCCGCACACUUGAGAUCACAACCCCAGACUGUCUGUCCUUGCCAGCAGAUCAAAAGGGCUCCAUGUAGACUUAUAUGUGACCCCCGCAGGAUGAGAUCAUCCAUUGGCAUUAGGUGAUGCUCUCAUUCAUUUCCCACUUAGUCCUACAACCUGAGUGGAGACCUGAGUGGCAUCUUAUCCAAGAAGUCAUAUAUUUAGAUGACAUUUUAAGCAUGUUCGCUGAGGCCGUGUAAAGAAUUUCCUGAAAAAAACAACCACUCACUUUUCAGCCUUAAACAUCUCAUUGUCUCUAAUUUUUUUUCAAAACAAGGAGUUAGGUCAUCAUUCCCUGUCAGUCCUGGGAGCAAGUGUAUGUGGGAUGGCACAUUCUUAACUGUAUUUUGGUAGGACCACACCUGGAAAAAAGGUUGCCCUAACCCUUACAACAAUACAAUAAGAAGAGCUGCUUCUUUCAGCUCCCACCCCACCUUCAUCUUCCAACCGGCAUGAGAAAUUCAGACAAUCAUGGUGUCUUUUAUUGUCAAGAUUUCAUCUUCUUUGGGUAGGAAACAUACAAAGACUGAUAAUAAACUUCUUAUAGCUCUGGCAAAAGAAGUCUGCUCUAGAGGGCAUAUCUGUAAAUGUUGACCUGUGAAGUCUCAUAGACAAGUAAGCAUAGAACUGAGUUUUAGUCUGAAAACCAGUACCUUAUGGUGUCAGCUCAGACUCUUUGGUCAUUUUUAUUUGUGAUGCCUUAAUAGCAGUGGCCAGAUGCAAGCAGAAUUCGUAAGCAACAGUAUAGUUAAUCCUUGUAUAAGAGGAUUGCUGCAGCAAUGGGAUUGCAGUUGAAGGAAGCUAGUUUGUUCCCAGCUGCAGAGUUUUAUUAGGUGAUCGAUCCUCCCUCUCUGAGUCAAUGGUGAGUAGUUUGGAGUGUUCAGUAUUUGACACUGUUGUUGGCAUACAGAACAGACAUGGACCAUUUUAUGAAGAUCAGAAGCUGCUAAGUAUGCACAAAAUGAUACUUUUCUCCAUAUCUGAAAGGACGGUGGAUGGCAAUCAGCCCAAAUCUGUCCAUUGAUUUCUGCCUUAGUAAUAUCACAAGCCAAAAAGCAAUGACAAAUUGAAGAUGCUCUCCUAGUUAAGACAUGUCACUUCCAUGGUAAAGUAUUUGCAAGUUCAUGUCUGUCUAGGAGAAUCCUUAGACAAUCAUGAUUUAAAUGCAAACUGGACCCCCAAGUAGACCUCUUCUUUACUAAAAGUCUCAAAGACAGUGACAGCUUUAGUCCAAAAGAAAAUAUGUCUCAUACAUGUGCUAACACUAUUUUUAACCAGGAAAAAGUUUACAAUGCCCCAGACCUGCAGAACAUGCUGCAGAAGCCUGUUGUGUGAGGGACUCAUUUUAUAAUAGAAGGUUUCCUUUUCUGCAAUGGCAUUACAACCUUACUCCCUUUCUACUUGCAGCAAGCUAGCCUAGCCACACACCAGUGUUGUGGGAUCAGCAAAUCAGAUACCUCACAGGAUAUAUCAGUGGAAACCUUAUGCUUCUGACCAGUAGCUCCUGUGGCUCUUGGCUUAGACCCUGCCUACCCACACACCAAUCUCCACUGGUACAUCCUGCCUCUUUCUGUGGAGAACACCUUUCUAAUAAAGAUUUCCCUAUGAAACCUUACAGACUACCCCAAUUUCUAUAGGGAUUGCAACUUUCCAAUGUCCUGUGAAAUUCUGAGCAACCCUUGCUACUGAAUAUAUUGUGUAAUAGCAGGGCUGCUGCUUUUUCCACAUUGUCAGGUAAUGAUAAGAGGUAUGACAGUCUGAGCCUUGAAGAUGAGUAAACCUAUAUACAGAGAUACUAGAGCUGACUACAGCAGUUUCACCAAUCACUAACUACAACUUGCAACUGGUGAUGACAAAGUUAAUUGUUUUAAUAGGCGCAUCACAACCAGAGUGAGCAUUAUCUGUAUGAGUGGCCACUUUAGGUAACUAUCUGCUACUUUUAAAUGAAAUUAUUUAAUGAACUGAAUGACUGUAAGAAGGCCUGUUAUAAAUUCAAAAUUCCUGUAAAGACAUUUAAGUGACUGCUUGUAUGAGUCAAAGCUUUCAAUUUCAGUGCAACUCGCGGAACAAUAACUUGUCUGUGAUCCAUUAUCAUGCCUUAUAUUUAUAUUGGAUAUGCCAUUGUCUUGUCAUUGGUACAGAAUGAAUCAAGAAAAGUUCUGCCAUUAGAUGUUUGUGCAAAAUAUUUUAAGCAAGCAUUAAAA